UUUCAUUUGACAGUUAUGACGAGGAAGACUAUGGGAACACGCAUAGGAUGAGGGUGGCAACAUGGGUUCAUUCCAUCGAGUUCGUACCUAAACACAGCUCAGAGGAGACGGUCCUGUGGAGACGAGACAACCCUGAACCCAGCGGGGACACCAGGCGGAGGAUGUCCGGCAGCUACUACCUGAUAAACAGCGUGACCCAGAGAGACAGCGGCAACUACAUCCUAAAGGACAGAGACGGGAUGAUUCUGUCCAGGAAGACCGUUGAGGUUGUAGCUAAGAAAGAGACUCGUUCUCUGAGUUCUGGUGAACGUCUCAGCAUCACUUUUGACCUGGAACCAAACUCCUGCAACAUUUACUUUGCCCCACAAGGUGGAUAUGAGACCGUGAUCGUUUAUAAAGGAGAGCUGCAGCAGCUGUCUGGCUGCUCAGGGAUUGAGCUUUUAAAUCCAUGUGGGAUUUCCCAAGAUGCCGUCCAAACGUCGUGCGGUGGAAGGUUUGAGGUGAGGGAUCAUAAUGACGACGAGGCCUUGGUGGUGUCGGUGGAAGUGGCGCCUCAGGUCUCGUUCUCAUACGUCCUGUAUGGUGGAGGCGCCUUCGCCUUUCUCUUCCUGAGCUGCUGCCUGAAGAACUGCUGUGCUGCAAAGAGCUCCAGGGAAAAGAGCCGUCCUGAACCCAGAGCUGCUGCUGCUGAAGAACCAGCUGAUCUACCUGAGUAUGACCACGAGCCUGCUGGAGGGAGGCCACACCACCCCAGUGAGACGCUCCACCCCGCCCAGCCUCUUUCUGCACCGACCGGCCCGCUGAUACACAGUCCCCCAACGAACGUGCCGCCUGCUUACUCCGAGGUUAUAGAUCCAGCAGAGCAGGUGGACCCUCAGACGGUCCUGAUGAACCCCGACUACGAGCCUCGGUUUGAACUGAAGGGGUUUACGUCCAAUUCUCCGCUGAGCUCCGACUCUCCUCACCAUGAGGUUUACACCUCAGACAAACUCAACUUUCUCUGACUGACUUAAAAAG